AUGCCUCACAAAGCGACCCCAUUGACGCCUCGGCAGAAGCGUGCCCAACAAAAUGAGAAGGCACGCAAGCUGCUCGCUGGUGCGAAUCUGAGAGAGGAUAAUUCCGACGAUGAGGAAGAAUACGAAUGGAUCUAUGAGGAGGACGGGGACGAGUUCGCGGAUGAAGAAGAGGAUGGGGGCGCGUCAAAGAAAAGGAAGAGGCAAAGCGCUGCGAACAAACAGGAGAGGACUAUUGUCGGUGCGAAGAAGGGAAGCUUCAACUGCAUGAUUGGGGACAGCGUUUUGUUGAAGGCCGAAGAUGGGAAUCCGCCUUGGGUUGGGAUGAUUUUGAGCUUCUUGGAAGAUGAGGAUGGAGAUAAGGCAGCAGAUUUUCUAUGGUUCUCCAGUGAGAAGGAGAUUGUUAACAAGACGAAGAAGAGAUCCGACUUCCUGCCCGAUGAAAUGUACAUCACACCUGGCACAGACGUCAAUGCCCUGGCAUCCAUCAAUGGCAAAGCUACGAUCAUGUCCGAAAGAGCCUUCAAGAAGAAAUACCCUACCGGAAAGGUCCCCAAGAAAUCGAAAGAUCAAGGGAGGACGUUCAUCUGUCGAAGAGGAUGCAAUACGCAAAGCGCUAUCUACACCGACGAGUUUGACUGGGAGAAUCUCCAUCACAGCACACCAGAAGAUAUGGAGAAGCUGGUGGAUUGGAUAAAGUCGGGCACACAAUCUACAAAGAAGAGGAAGGCUGGGAGGCCCUCAAAAGCAGAUGAAGAUUUUAGAGGUGGCCUUGUCGAUGAUGAUGAGGCAGAGCUGGAAACACCCAGGAAGAAGCAGAAGCAUUCCAUUGUAACGACUCCUCGAAAAGUACGGACACCAUCAAAGUUAUUAACACCAAGUCAUAAAAGGGUGGUCGUCAAGAAGCCUCUUGAAUUUACACCCCUGGGGACUCGGGUCUUAGAUCCUGAUCAUGUGGAAUCCUCUCCGUUCCAGACUGCUCGAUCUCGAUUACAUGUAGCCGCUGUUCCUACUAGUCUCCCAUGUCGAGAGGACGAGUUUACUUCGGUAUAUUCCCACCUGGAAGCUGCUAUCUAUGAAGGUACUGGAGCUUGUAUCUAUAUAUCUGGCACCCCUGGAACAGGAAAGACAGCCACAGUUCGAGAAGUCGUUGCACAGCUGAACGCCUCCGUCAUGGCUGACGAACUAGACGACUUUAUAUUUGUGGAGAUCAACGGCAUGAAAGUCACAGAUCCUCACCAGUCAUAUUCUCUGCUGUGGGAAGCGCUGAAAGGAGAUCGAGUUAGUCCUACCCAUGCACUGGACUUGCUGGAACGAGAAUUCAACCACCCAAGUCCUCGACGAGUCCCAUGUGUUGUCUUGAUGGACGAAUUGGACCAGCUUGUCACUAAGAAUCAGAGCGUCAUGUAUAACUUCUUCAACUGGCCACAACUUCGACACAGCCGAUUGAUUGUCCUUGCUGUAGCAAACACAAUGGAUCUUCCAGAGAGAACACUCAGCAAUAAGAUCAGUAGUAGACUUGGCCUCACACGUAUCACCUUCCCAGGCUACACUCACGACCAACUAAUGAAAAUCAUACAGUCCCGCCUCGAAGGUGUCCCAGGAAACAUCGUUGAACCCGACGCCAUACAAUUUGCGUCUCGAAAGGUCGCUGCCGUAUCUGGGGAUGCACGUCGAGCCCUCGAUAUCUGUCGUCGCGCGGUCGAGCUCGCAGAAUCCGAGCUUCACUCCCAAUCUGCACCCAACACUCCUUCCAAGUCCGGGAAAGGAGACAAGGUAUCCAAAUUGCUAGGCAGAGUCACGAUAGCAACAAUUAAGAGAGCAAUCAACGAAGCAACGACUAGCCCUUUGCAGCAGUAUUUAAGGGCUUUACCGUUAGGUGCCAAGGUACUGCUUGCUGCGUUAUUAGCAAAGACCCGACGGACGGGCAUUGGAGAGAGUGUCCUUGGGGAGGUGAUUGAUGAAGCGAAGAGGAUGUGUAAGAUGGACACUGGGAACCAGAAGAUGGUGGGAUUUCUCCUCUCAUCUUCCAGUUCAUCCAAGGCCUUGCAAUAUCCUUCGAAACAGCAGCAGAAGACACCGAGGGUGAUAGGUAUGGGAGCUUCGGCUAUCGAUCUCAUGGAAGCGGGGAUUAUUGGGCUGGAGGCCAGAAAGACGGAUCGCACGGGGAAGAUCAGGUUGAGUAUUGGGGAGGAGGAUGUCAAGCUGGCUUUUAAGGAUGAUCCUGAGAUCAAGAAUCUUGGAUUUUAG